AUGGAAGACAAGGGACCAAUGAUAAUUGCAGUUUGCUGGACAUUCACAGUCUUGGCGCUUCUCUUUGUGAUUGCUCGCCUCUUCGUUCGUGGAGCUGUCCAUCGGGCGCUCUUCAUCGACGACUAUUUCAUCAUUCUGUCAAUUAUAUGCGCUAUUCUUUCCAAUAUUUUCGUUACGAUGUCUGUAUCCUGGGGCAAUGGCAAACACUUCGAUGUCUUGAACCUAGAACAGAAACAAAACACUAUCAAGUGGAUGAUGGCCGCGUAUGUCCCAGGAAUCGAAACACUCGGGUUCCCUAAACUCGCCGUCAUCGCUCUACUAGCCAGACUUCUCAUGCCUAACAAAAUGCACCUGGUAAUCCUGUGGAGCAUGGGCAUAAUUUGCUGUCUCUCUCUCACGGCCAUGGUCACCACCUUGCUUUUGCAAUGCAGUCCUCCAAGGGCCCUGUGGACCUUGGCAAUGCCACGGAACUGCUUAGCACCAUCUAAACUGGAGGGGCUGGCGUUUUGGGCAAGUUCAAUAUCUGCAUUCUUGGACUUCUACCUUGCCGUGUACCCAGCAAUUACUCUUUGGAAGCUACUCAUGCCUUUAAAGAAAAAGCUAAUACUAAGUCUUGCACUUGGCAUGGGAGUGGUAUGCGGCGCCAUUGGAAUUGUUAAAGCAACAGGAGUUCCAACACUAGCCAGUCAAGACGUUAGCUACGAUUUAUGCGACCCUCUGUAUUGGACAUCUGUCGAAGGCAAUCUGAUCAUCAUAGCAGCCUGUAUACCAGUGCUUCAACCCAUUCUUGAGAUGUUCAAGGGACGCAACAUCUGGAGCACCAAGAAAGGUUCUAGUAAGCACCAAUACGAAGACUACAGCAAGCAAAGCGGACAGCAGCAACCUGGCAUUGAGCUCCAAGACAAACCAAGAAAGAAGGUUGAUACUUACGGUUUUACCAUUCAAGGCAAGGAAGGGAGUGAGGAAAACAUGGUCGAUCCCGACAAGAUAUCCCGCACUACUUCGUCCAGGCCAGAGAGUCCCAAGGAAGGCAUAGUCAGGACUGAUCAGGUUAAUAUCAGUUAUGAUGGAGGAGAGGGAGGUCCAACAUCUGCGGCUACAAGAUGGGCUGCUGUAUAAAGAUGUCAGCGCCUUCAUCACCUUUGCCAGACGCCGGGAAUGAUGUGACCAAUGGUGCUUGGUGAGCAGCUUCCACUACUUUGGGGAUUGUGUAUAGUAGCUUAAUA